CCCAUGCUGUGACACGGUCCUCAACUCAAGCGAUUCGAUUGCACGAUGCGAUGUGUGCAAUUUUGAGGAGUCCACUGAGAAGCUAAGACAUGGUGGGUCAUAUUUCUUGAUGCUCGACCUCCACAAGCAGCUCAAGCACCUAAUUGGAAAAACAAGUGUCGAGCUUCAUCAUUCGCUGUCAAUGCUAGCACUCAAUGACUCUGAUUUGAUUACGGACAUUACAACAGCCGAAGCUUGCAAGCACUUGCGCCAAGAGCUUGCCUUAGGUCCGAGUGACCUAACAAUCACGUUCAACACUGAUGGGAGCCCCAUCUUCAAAUCCUCGAAGACGUCAGUGUGGCCGAUUCAAUUUACAGUAAAUGAACUACCCCCUGCAGUGCGCUUGCACCACCCUACAUUGGCUGGACUCUGGUUUGGGAAGCGCCAUCCAGACAUGUCGGUUUUUCUGACCAAGUUUGUGGAGGAAGUCAACACUAUGGCCCCUGUGACAUGGAUCCAUGGAGAUCAGCAGCUCACUUCAAAAGCCUUUGUACUGUGCUGCAGCGUUGAUACCCCUGCCCGUGCUGCCGUGCAAAACAUGGUCUCUUUCAAUGGGUUCUUCGGCUGCCCAUAUUGCUUGAUGAAAGGCGAGCACGAGGAAGGAUGCGUGCGCUAUGUCGCCGAUGAAGCCCCAAUUCCGAGGACAUCGGAGCUUGUUGUUCGAGACAUGGAGCUCGCCCAGAGGCUGGGGAGCCCUGUAAAUGGUAUCAAGGGUCCAUCACCUCUCAUGAACCUUGAAGGUUUCGACUUGGUUGCUGGCAUGAGCGUGGAAUACAUGCAUUGUGUUCUGCAAGGGGUGGUGCGACAAGUCACGGAGCUCCUCUUUUCAUCGACAAGCUCACGACAGGCAUACUACAUCGGUACACGUGCGUCUGUUGUCAAGGUAGACAAGCGACUACGAAGCAUCAAGCCUCCCCACUGUAUAACAAGGCUGCCUCGUUCCAUUGAGGAGCGUGGCUUCUGGAAGGCGUCAGAGUGGAAGCAGUGGCUCCUUUUUUAUGCACUGCCAUGCUUGCUGGAUGUCCUUCCCCAACUCUACUGGAAGCACCUCUCCAAGCUCUGUGAGGCUGUACACAUUUUGCUGCAUGACAGCCUUACGCUCCGUGACAUCAAGCGUGCAGAAGAACUACUAAACGCGUUCGUGUGUCGCGUCGAGGCCCUCUAUGGGAUAGGGGCCAUGACCUUCAAUAUGCACCUGCUGCUCCAUCUGGCCGGCUGUGUGCGCCACCUUGGACCACUCUGGGCCCAUUCGGCCUUCGUUUUUGAGGGUGGCAAUGGCACACUGGUGAACCUGGUAUCUGCUGCUAAAGGACUGCCCCAGCAGGUCGUGGAGCGGGUCGUGAUGGCGCAGGAGCUGGAGCUCUUGCUUGCCAGCCAUCAUCUACCCAACAGGGUAGAAAAAAUCUGCCACGGCUUUCUGGGCUAUAUGCCCAUUCAGAACGCCUCCCACGUGGAGGAAGCAACCAUGCUUGGCUGUGGGCGUGCAGCAAGUGUCACCACUGACGAAAAGGUUGCUCUGGAGCAGCACUGUAGAGCUUCGAUUAACUGUAUGACGGAGUAUGAGAGGUGUGUUGUGAACCACCAAGUCUACCACAGCACUGCUUACACGAGGGCAACUAAAAGUGACACAACUUUUGUGUGCACGUACGACCAUAGUUACUUUAGGAUUUUAAAAAUCUUGGAACUAAAGUCCUCAAGUGGCACUCACUGCAUCCUUCUUUGCAGGAGUGUUGUGCUGAGGCAAUCACAGUAUCUACCAGAACAUAUUAAGGAGUGUUUCCUUUCUGAAGUUGACACUGUGAGCUGUAUUGAACCUGCUAACCUCAAGAGCAGUUGCGUUUAUGUUGAUUUUCCUACAGACAGCAAGUCAUUCAUUUGCGACUUGCCGAACACAAUAGAGCGUGAUUAGCCUUGACUCUAGAGGGUCUGUGAGAGAAAAUGAAUGCCAGUUUUUUUGUGUUUUGCAUAGACGGGCUGGGCAAUGCGGAAAGCUGGGAAUCUGUGCGAAUUCUUUGUUGGUGGUCGUGAAGACUGCUCAAAUUUAAAGGAGCUGUGCUACGAUUUUAAAGGGAUACUACAAGGAAAUUUCGGUGCUUAUUUUAAGGUCUAUAUGUGUUCAAAGGAGCAGUAUCACAUCGAACACACCAAUAUCUUGUUAAAAAAGUUACGAAAUGGAAUUUUAAAACAAAUUAAAUGAUUAGCAAAAGGCACCUGGUGGAGUCGCUAACACCUCGUUUGUAAUGCACGUCUAGGAACCUUGACAGCUAGUGACGGUCAGUGUCUCGCCUCCGGCCACGAUGAGAGAAGGGGGUACGGAGGAACUCCCCUCUUCCCGAGAAUCCCUUUUGUACGUUCAAGAAGUAGCUAUUGUCUCCCUACAAGAUUGUAGAAGAUUAACCCGUCACUCAAAAUUCAUACAAAAGCAGCUGCUUUGGUUGCUGGAACGACUAGGCCAUCCU